AUGGCAGAGCAUAAAUUAAUUGAUGGAUAUGUUGUGACCAAUAAAUUACUAGGAACAGGAGCAUUUGGAUCAGUUUUUAGGGGUUAUAAAGAAAGUGAUCCUAAAUUAAUUGUUGCUGUUAAGAUGCUACCAAUGACGGAAGGCACAAAUAAAAAAAUUUCAUAAGAAACAUCAGGAGAGAAAUUGAAAAUACUGUCAAAAAUAAGAAGCCAAUAUAUAGUACAGUUAUUUCAUGCAGCUAGAACUUAGAAGAAUUACUAUAUUUUCUUAGAAUAUUGCAAUGGAGGAGACCUUAAAGAUAUGAUGAAAUCAAAAGGAGGAUACCUCUCCGAAUAAGAUGCUGUUACUUAUUUCAAACAAAUCAUUUAUGGGUUUAAAGCCAUUUAUUAGGAAAAUGUUAUACAUAGAGAUAUUAAACCGGCCAACAUUUUAUUACAUAAUGGUAUCGCUAAAAUUAGCGAUUUUGGAUUUGCAAGAGUUGUGGAAGAUAUGGAAGGCUAAGAGAAAUUCACUUUGCUUGGUACUCCUCUUUAUAUGUCUCCUUAAAUUUUGGAGUAAGGAAAAUUUAACUCUAAAUGUGAUAUUUGGUCUGUUGGAAUUAUGUUUUAUGAAAUGCUUUAUGGGCACCCUCCUUGGACAGCCACAAGCUAACUAGCAUUAUUAGAUUAAAUAAAAAAAAAACCACUGACUUUCCCAAAUCAACCUAAACGACAACAAAUAAUUAAAGAUCUCAUUUCUAAAAUGUUAGUCAUUGAUGAAGAACAAAGAAUAAACUGGUAUGAUUUGUUUGAAAAUGAAUUAAUUAAAUGCAACAGUCAAGAACUUAAAAAUAAACUCAAUCUCAUUAUAGAUAGUGUCUAAGAUACUUUAGAACAAUCAGUAUAAUUGAAUAGAUUUUAUGUGGAUAACAAUCUUAUCCUUGCUUAAGGAAAAAACCAAGAAACCUAAGUGUUGUUUGAAGUUAAAAACGAUGAUGAUAGCAUGAAUAUAGAAUAAAAAGAUAACUCCUAAUAAAAUUUGGACGAUCUUAAAGGAUUAACUUAUAAUGAUAUCAUUGAAGCUUAAACUAAAAAGUUAUAAGAGCAAAUUACAAUUAACAAAAUUGAUGCACAUCUUUCUCUUAUGAGAAACAUUGGUAUCUUUGUUAAUUUAACAACUAAUAAUGUAUUCUAGCUAUUUAAAGAUUAAUAAUUAAAUAUAUCUACUCAUUUGUUUUAUAGAAUUAUGUUCAACCUCUAAAAGUCACAAAUGAUAAUAUUUGAUGACUUAAUUAAUAUUAUGGCUAGUAAAACACCAAUUGGUAAUGGGAUUCACUGA